AGGGAGGCGUGGUUCCGCUGACCCGGUGCUUCCGCGUUACUUCCGUGGAAAGAGGGAAAAUAAAGCAUUCAACAUAGUGGGUUUACACAGACUACAGUGGAUUAUUCCCUCCAUGUUCGGUCCUGAGCUGUAGACUAAGCGUCUAAAACCCAGUUAGAGCCGAAAGAAGAGUUGUAGUCAUGGCGGACCGAGAGGUCGGGGAACUAGAAGACGAGGUGGAACCGCAAGGCGCUGAGGGCGGAGGAGAUGUCUUUGACGACCCCAUCUUGGAGCAGGGCGUGGUGGUGCUCAGAGGGUACGUGAUAGAGCGUAUAAGCACGGAGGAUCCUGGUCGCCAUGUCAACUCUGUGGAUCUGGGAGGAAGGCCACAUGAACAAGAUGAUCCAGAAGUAAAAGAAGUGGUGGAUCAGUUGCUAAAAAUAGCAGACGAACUGAACAGAAAUGUAGAGUUCCAGCGACUGAUCAACCAGGUUCAGGGAAACUGUGCGAAGGAAGUCUUCAUGAUGGUGGCCAGGAGCAUCUUCAUUGAUGGCAUUAACUGGGGCCGGGUGGUGGCGCUCUUCCAUCUGGCUUAUAGACUCAUAUACAGGGCCCUCACCACCAAUCAUCUGGAGAACAUCAGGAUGGUGAUCAGCUGGGUCCUGCAGGUCAUCAGGGAGCUGCUGUACCCCUGGCUGGUGCAGCAGGGGGGUUGGGUUGGUGUCAUCCAAAGCUUUCCUUGGAGGAACGCAGCCAUUGUUGCUUCAAUUGUUGUCGUAGCAACAUUUGUUUACUACAGAAUGAAACACUGAGACCUCCAGCUCUCUGCAGGACACUGAUGAGGACACUUCCUGGGGCUUUUACAAUCAUUUUUAUCCAGCAGCCAAUAGGAGGCUAGCUGCUUUAAACUGAGAACAAUCCUCUCCUUCUUCAAGUCUCUCUGACUAAAACUGACUUUCCUUGUCAGCAUCACUCUCUUCUGUUUUCCUUCACCAGCAACUCUUUGGAGCUACACCAGCAGAUUUUAUAGCUGCCAUGCUGGAGGCAGCUUAACCUGUCAGAUGUGAUGUUAGUUAUCACUGAAUGGACUCUGAGCUCUGAGUCAGAUAAGGGUUUGGUUCUUAGAGGACUCAAAGGAACCUGUAAGUGUCAGGAAAGUGCCUUAAAGCGAUGCUGGCUCUGACUGUGAGCGGUAGGGAUGACUCAUCGUCCUACAGCCAGAGGGUCUCUGUCGGUGCAGCAGGGCGCUUUACCUGCUGCUCAGUUUGUUUUGUCAGGAGCUGGAAGAAACACCAAAGAUUAGUGCUGAAAAUCUCGGGGAUCUUUUUUAAUUAUCUUUUUUUUAAUGAAGAUGUUUUAUUCAUGAACAGAACCCAUGUAAGCUUUGGGUAUGAGCCAAAGCGGUCCCAGGUCCUCUGCAGAUCCGUCUUCUGCUGACACUCCAGACAUGUUUUCUGUUGCAGAUAAGAUCCUAAACGUUUAAUGCAGGAGUUGAUCGGAGAAUUGAACGGCAAACACAGAUCGUUUCACCAUGGAGUCCAGUGGAAGGACAGGAUCUGGGCUCAUGUGCUGAUUUUAGUUUUAACUGCAGCCUGCAGCAGAAAUAAUGUUCAGUGAUUGGAGGAUUCCUGCUAACUGCCUCACUGGAACCUUAACCUGCCAGGUUACCACACAGCCCUUUGAAAAUGCCAGGCUUUAUGACAGGAGGAUGCUAAAGGACUGCAGCAAGCACGUUACAUAAACGUGCACAAUGUUAACUUUAUUGAACCACCUUUUGAUUCCAACCCUGUAGGCUGGGCCAUAUGGAUUUCAAGUUUUGUCACAAUAUUUAAUUGUGCUAUUGUGAGAAUGAUAAAAGUUGUGAUAAAACCUAAUUAUUAUUAUUAUGUCUUUCUUAGGUAACUAUCUGUAUUAGCAGUCACAGCCCCACAAGCACAAAUAUUCUGUCCUAUUACAUUUGUAAUAGGACGCUAGUCAUAGAAUCAAUCAGUCAAUCAAUUUAUUUAUUUAUAAAGCACCUUUCAUACUAAAAGCAGCUCAACGGGCUGCAUAAAUGAAUAAAAAUAAACCCACAAAUAAAAAAACCAUUAGCCUCCCCCACAUGGAAAAACUCAACUGUCUGGAAAAUGUAUAAAGGUUAAUAAAGAAGCAUGAUUUGUAUCACUAGACUGCACACAGUAACUGGAUUUAAUCAUUUAAAUUUUUUAUGUUUAUUUAUAUUCAUUGAAAAAACAGUGGAGAAAUUAGUAAAACAUUUGGGGGCUUUAAACAUCAAAUGGAAUUUAUCAUGACAAUAAAUCAAAAUUCUUAUGAUUUUUACAAAAAUGAAAAGUUGGUUCAACAAAGUCUUGCACAAGAAAUGUCACAUUAAGUCAUAAACGGGUAUUAUCACAUACUGUAAGGAAGUUUUAUUUGAUGCUUUUUUUGUACCUGGAUCUUCAUCCAGGUACAAGGUGAACUGUUCUGUGAACUUUUUAGAUAACACCGGUGUCAGGCAGUGGUGUCCCAACUUUGUCACAUGGGCCAAAAUCAUCAAGUAUUCUUCUUUAACAAAACCUAAAACAACCAAAAUGAACGAGCAUACAAAAGGUUUUGGAUCCAGUUGGAACAAACAACUUGCUGUAUUGCAGUCAAUUGAUUUAAUAAAAUUGGGUUGACCAGA